GAGGCCCAGCCAGAUGUCAGGUCUGGGCUUGGGGAGUGUGUUGGGAGUGUGCGUGCGGGGCCCCGGGGUGCUGAGGGUGAGUAUGCUACCCUGAGGAGUGGGAGUGAAUCACCGAAGAGGGAGAAAUGACUGCUGAGGCUGUCCUGCACGCACACUCUCUCUCUCUGCCACCACCCUCACCUCUAGUGGUCCUUUACCACCAGGAUUCAUGCAGACAGAUGUCCAUGAAAGAGGUAGGGGACGGCUUACAGGAUCAGAUGAACUGCAUGAUGGGUGCAUUGCAGGAACUGAAGCUCCUCCAGGUGCAAACAGCAUUAGAACAGCUGGAGAUUUCUGGAGGCACGCCAGCCUUCAGCGGCCCUGAGAACUCACAGAAACAGCCUGAAUACCCUUGCUGGCAGGGUAGUGGAGGUCCUACGGGGCCUAUGGCCGGUCCCUCCUCCAGCCAGCCUUCCUUUGACAGCAGCCUCAAGUUUCCAUGCCAUAGGAGUGCCUGUGGGAAGGAUCUUGCUGUCCUUCCUAAGACACAGCUGCAGGAGCACCAAAACUGUACCCACCAGGGCCUAGAGUGGGCGGAACCAGAUGACUGGACCUCCACGUUGAUGUCCCGAGGUAGAAAUCGGCAGCCUCUGGUGUUAGGCGACAAUGUUUUUGCAGACCUGGUGGGCAACUGGCUAGACUUACCAGAACUGGAAAAGGGAGGAGAAAAAAGUGAGACCGGGGGAUCCAGUGAACCCAAGGGAGAAAAAGGCCAGUCAAGGGAGCUGGGUCGCAAGUUUGCCCUAACAGCAAACAUUUUUAGGAAGUUCUUGCGUAGCGUGCGGCCUGACCGAGACAGGCUGCUUAAGGAGAAGCCAGGCUGGAUGACUCCCAUGGUCUCUGAGUCACGAGCAGGACGUUCGCAGAAAGUCAAGAAGAGGAGUCUUUCCAAGGGCUCCGGACGGUUCCCCUUCUCAAGUUCCGGAGAGCCUCGACACAUCGAAACCCCUGCCACAAGCAGCCCCAAGGCUUUAGAAGCCCCUCGUGGGGGCUUUGACAUUAACACAGCUGUCUGGGUCUGAAUUCGAGAGACGCUGGCAGAACCUAAGAGGUGGUUUCGUGCUGGGCCCUGGUGGGAGAGGGAGGGCAGACGGCAUAGUCUUCAGGCCAGAUGCAAGUUCCCAUCCUCAGAAAGAAAGGACAGCAGAGGUCUUCUUAGUCAAACAGUGGGGAGGGGCUGCCACAGGGCAGGCUGAGGUAAGAGUCCCUGGAGAGAGAGAGAGUGUGUGGUGUGUGGUGUGUGGGUGUGUGUGUGUGUGUGUGUGUGUGUGUGUGUGUGUGUGUGGUGAGGAAGCCCAAUCGGAUGCUCUUGUAUCUCCGAAGUGCAGAGGAGGAGGAAUGUGCCUUCACCCAGGUGCUGACAUGAAUCCAAGCAGACAUGUCGACUUUGCAGAUGAAGCAGCAAUCUCUGAGGUGUCCAAAAACACACUCAUGACUGCUAGGGGGCAAAUGGGCCACCUCAGGGUUGUUGAUGGACCCUGGAGUUAUACACUGCCUGGCCCAACAGUGAGUCCCUAUCCAGACUCCUUUGCCUGCCUUAACGUUCCUUCUGGGCAGCAGAUGGUUGGUGAGCCCAGAAACAACACUCAUACAUGAAAAAAAAAAUAAAUCUAGCCCACAUCUCAUAGUCACCUAGAGAAUAGAACGAAUCCUGGCUUCAUCUACCCUCACCCUGGAAACCAACCAGGCACCCUCAGGGUGGGGUUAACACCAGGCACGUUGUGUAGCGAGUCGACAAGCCCAGAACCACCUUGGUCAAUAGAGGGACCAUCUGAGCCCUCCCUCCUUGGCCAGGAGAGGACAAAGUAGGUCCCUGUUCAAGCGCAGCCACCCUGGAGGGUGGCUUAGCUCUUCCCUAACCCCUCCUGCAGACCCAGCUCAGCCUGAUGGGGUGUGACAGCUGCAAUUAGAGGCAAGCCGCCUGCUGCCCCCAGAGCAUUAAGAACAAAUUGGAGAAGAAAAAUCACAAGAGAAGCUCUUCUGCCUGCAGCCUGGACCCCCAGGGGACUGAGUGGAGGAAGGGGGAGCUUAGGCUGAAACUGGAUGUAGGGAAGUAAUGGCAGUUGUGGGGAGGGUCGUCUGCAUGUUCUCACAGGGUCAAAUGAUAGAUGAUCAUUCUUUUCUUAAGUGGGGAAAGAGGUUUUCAGUUUUAGUUUUGAUCUGUCACUUUUUGCCAGACAAUGCUCCCACCUCUUUCAGACCUAGAAUGACCUAGAAUUAUUUUCCCGAUAAAUCAAUGGGUCAAAAAGUCAUGGCGUACAAGCUGCCCAGAUCAGGCUGCCUGCAGAGGAAAGCAGCUCCCAGUUUGGAUCCCUGGGCAUCAGGCCUAUCUUCCUUGGCCUGGAGUUUGUCAGUUGGGCUCACUCUCUCUGGCCAAGCAGGUCAUUAUCCAUGCUGCCUCCCCUGAAUUUCUGUAAUAUGGCUGCCUUUUGUGGCUGCAGCAAUGCGUGUAGAAAAAUGAACAUGUGAAAACCUUACCCUCUGAUUCCUGAAGGGUGGAACACUCAAGAAAUUAUUCGAGAGGGCAUGGACUAUGAUUGUACAGGAAGACAAGUCACGUCUUCACCAUCCAUAUGCAACUCAACUGUUUUGUGGACUAGUGGUACUUGACGUCGGUUAAAUGGACUAACAUGACAGACUCCUCUCCUGUGUGGGCAUUGCAAUGGAAGAACUCAGCGAUGGGAAAGGAACAAGCUGCUCUCCUCCAAGUUACUGAGGCACACAAAGAAAUAGAGUUAAUCAUUACCUGGCCAGAAAGGAGUCAAAGGACCAAAACAAAACAAUUAGGAAGUAAUUUUGGCUUACAAGAUAAUCCACAGGUGCCAGGCACCUUUGCCUUUAUUUAUACUCUUAUUUCCUUUUUGCCACGCCCAGGAAAUGGCUGCUCAUUUUAGAUCAUUUUACCUGAAUAGAGGCUCAGAGAAGUUAACUCCUUCAAGGCCAAACAGUACAAAGCUGCGAUUGAAAUCAUUUAUAAUUGACUUCCAAUCUUGUGUUCUUGUACCUGGUAAACUGUCCAUAUUUGCUCCACAGCCGAAUCAGGAAUAACAACAUUUGUCCUCUGAGAUUAUUCACACCUCUUCAUGAUUGACAAGUGGCAUGCUCAUUGUCUAUUUGAGGAAUAUCUGUUGGAGGGCUACUGGAGGAAUUUUGCCUGGGCUUUUGAAGGGGCUGAUAUAAUAUCCCAAUGACUAUGUCAUGCUUUACUGAUGAAAGAUUAUGGUAACUCAACCUCAUGUAACUGUUACUUUUCUGUCCACAUUCUUGGCUCCUGCUGACACAGUGAUGAAGACUGCUCUACUGAAGUAAGUGCAGAAGUGACUAGCCAUGCCUCGGGCCGCAGUGAUGAAGAGUGCAGGGCAACGUUUAUGUGGCGGAGAAGAGAGUGAAAAAGUAGGCAGAGAAACCAAUAGCUUAAUUCUGCCUCUUGGGCUCAUUUUCUGGUUAAUUAGGACAUGCAAAUGAGCUGGAAGCUCAUUUUAUACCCAUCUUGGCAUGGAGGUCUGCCCUACACCUGUCGUAAUUCCUUGGCAAGUAUUGAUGGCCUCUGAGUUGGCCUAGGCAUCUUCUCAGGGCUCUACCUGCCUCUCUCUGGUCAGUCUGUAGAUAUUCUCCAAUGACAGCAUCCACUGGAAAAUCCCUCCACUGUUGGGCAUGGUUGGUAGAGCCUGCCAGAUCUCUUUGCUUCCUCUUCACAAGCCUGCAGAACUGGAACCCUCUCCAGGCUCUUCUGCAGCUCACCCUCAGGGUGCUCUCUAACCCAAACUGAUCCUGAGGAACAGACACGUGACUCAACUUUGCCCCAUCCUCACCUGUUCUUCAGAGGCUCCAGAGACGGCUGUCUUUCUCAAGUCACCCCAGCAUUGUCUACAGGAUAAAAUCAAGAGUACACCAUGUCUGGGAAGCUGCAGCCUGUGUGCGUCUUCUCUGAGGAAGUGUCCAUUCACCUCAGGUGAUCUCUCCAACCAGGGCUGUUAGGUGUUUCUGACAGCACCAAGCAUUUCUGUGAAUUCCUGAUCUGGGAGUCAAGGAGAUAGGAAUCCAGACCCAGGCCUGUUUUUGUGUGAGCCUGAGCAUGUCCCCUGUGAAAGGUUCAGGCAUUACGCUGGCCUGCCCUGUUACCUGGCAGGAUGCACUCAGGCAACACUCUGGCCAGCCCAGAAUUCUGUGAGAACCAUGCAGGUGCAAAGGACCCUUUAAAGGACUGACC